AUGCCGCUCUUCCCACCCCCCUCCACGGCCACACUGCCCCACCUCCGCCUCCCGCUCCCGCUUCCCCUUCCCCAAAGCCUCCGCCUCCUUCACCGUGCCUCCCGCCAUCCGCGCCUCCCCCCCGCGGUGUCGGCCGCCUCUCUCCCCCUGCCGCCCCCCGAUGCGCUCCUCCCGAACCAGGCCACGGGCCUCGUCGCGGCUUCCCAGGCCAAUUUCAUGCGCGUCAUAGUCAGCUCCACCGCCCCGGGGCUCGAGCAACACCAAGGGACAGACCUUCUCUGCCUCGUCCGCGCGCUGCUCAAGAAGAUCCGCCGCCGCGUGCUCGUCGGGGACAGGGUGCUCGUCGGGGCCGUCGACUGGACCGACCGCCGCGGGAUGAUCGAGGACGUCUUUGAGCGCCGGAGCGAGGUGGUUGAUCCGCCGGUCGCCAACGUCGACCGUCUCGUUGUGCUCUUCUCGCUGGACCAGCCGCAGCCUGAGCCCGCCACGCUCACCAGGUUCCUCGUCGAGGCCGAGUCCACAGGGAUACCCUUCGUGCUUGCCUUCAACAAGGUCGAGCUCGUGGACGAUCAGAUCAUCUCCUACUGGAGGGACAGAUUGAAGAGCUGGGGCUAUGAUCCACUCUUUCUAAGUGUUGAUCAGAGAUCUGGAUUAUCAGCUCUUGAAGAGAUGCUGGAGGGACAGACAACUGUAGUUGUUGGUCCAAGCGGUGUUGGGAAGUCCAGUCUUAUUAAUGCCUUGAGAUGCAACCAAAACAUUUCAGAGGAAGAUCCAAUACAUCAACUUCUUGAACAGAUAAGAAAGAUGCUAGAAGAAAAUGAGUCCUCCGGGUGCUUAUUUAAUGACUGUGUUCACCUUGGUGAACAUGGCUGUGUUGUCAAAGGUGACUGGGAAAGAUAUCCAUACUAUCUGCAGUUGCUUGAUGAGAUCAAAAUUAGAGAAUCCUUCCAGUUACGAACAUUUGGAACUAAAAGAGAAGGUGAUGUCAGGUAUAAAACAGGUACCAUGGGUGUGAAGCAAGUGGAGCCUCGCCUUCAACUCAAAAAGCACAGGAGGGUGUCCAGGAAGAAGUUGAACCAAUCGAUUCUCGAUGAAAUGGAUUCUGACAUGGAUGACCUCGAUGAUGACUACCAGUUCGGUGUAAGCCGACGUACUAGCAAACGGUGA